GGACUCAGGGGACCUUGAAACGUAUAGAAAACAUAAAAUUAGGGUACCUUAAAUUUUUUUGGAAAGCAAUACUUUCCUUACCUAUGGUAAUAGGGCAAGGAAAGUAAAAAUAAAAGAAAUCCGUUUUUUUUUAAUUUUUAAAAUCAUGUAGUUGACAAAUCGCCCACACAGAGCGCUAAAAUACGUUUCAUUUCCAAAGCGCAGACGCAGACUGAGCAGACGCUCGUGGUCGUGAAAUUGACUGAGAAACAGAUUUUGCGUACUUUAUUUUGUUUAAUUGGGUUGAAAGAAAACUAUAUUUGAUUUCUCAAAACUCUUGAGAUUAGAAUGAAACUCUUAACACAUAACUUUUUGACCUCACGGUGUUUGAAAGGUGUAAGCGUGGGAUAUCCUUUAAAAAUAGUGGCAAAAGACGUGAAAGUUUCUGAAACUGAUUUCAACAUGGAUUUCGUUUCAAGGAUGAUCCCCAAGUUGGAUUGGAGAACUUUGUGGACGGCUGCUGAUGAACUGGGGCAUGUUGGAGAACUACCUCAAGCCCUGAUAGAAGAUUACGAAAACAAUGAAGAUUUCCUAAAGAAAGUCCAUCAUGUAUUACUUGAGAUUGAUGUCAUAAACGGUGACCUAGUGUGUCCUGAAUCAGGGAGGAAGUUUCCAAUUACAUCAGGAAUCCCAAAUAUGUUAUUAAAUGAGGAUGAAGUGUAAUAUAAGCUUGAAAAGAAAUGUGGUUCAGUUUUUAAGAUUGGAUUCUUAUGAUUAACUGUGUUGUCAUUCCAGUUUUGGAGCAUUUGAACAGUAACAAGUGCGAUUCUUAUUUUAUUUCUGUCGUUACAACGAAAAGUUAUUUCACAGAUUUAUCAAACAUACUACAUCUUGUUGAAUGUAGAUCAGAGGUGCUCAUUUACAUUGAUAAGAUGAAAUGUUUUUGUUGAAUUUUUCUGUCUAUUCAGGUGAGAAUGUGUAAGAUACACUGUUCAUUUUCGUUUUAACUUUCAAUACAAUAAUAGAAGUUGAAUUCUUAUUAUUAAAUUGAAAUUUUUACGCUUUCAACUUCUUGAAGAUUUAGAAAUGUAAAACUUUCAAUUUAUUGAACGUUCUCCAUUGCCAAUUUUACAAAUUGAAUGGUUACAAUUUGAUUUUUUGUUUUUGAAUUUAUUAAAAAUACGUUUUUAAAAUUCAUA